UUAAAGUGUGGAGGAACUGCAGCCCGCCAUUGUGUGUCUGAUCUGCAGCUGUAGCGAGAGAGAGAGAGAGCGAGCGAGCGAGAGAGACGGGCGCAAAGACUCUAAAAACACACGCAUUUCCCGUUGACUUUAACCCGCAAACAAACGCGCAGUAUAACACACAGGCUCCGGGGAGAGAGAAAUGUCAGCCAGCAGCCUUCUGGAGCAGAGACCGAAAGGCCAAGCAAACAAAGUGCAAAACGGAGCUGUUACCCAAAAGGAUACUUUGAACGAUGAUGAGUUCGAGCCUUACCUGAACGCUCAGCCCAGACAGAGCAAUGCCUAUACGGCCAUGUCCGACUCCUACAUGCCAAGUUACUACAGCCCCUCAAUAGGCUUCACCUAUUCUCUGAAUGAAGCAGCAUGGUCUACAGGCGGUGAUCCCCCGAUGCCUUACCUGGCCUCUUAUGGACAGCUUAGCAAUGGGGAGCACCACUUUCUCCCAGAUGCCAUGUUUGGCCAGUCUGGGGCACUGGGGAGCAACCCUUUCCUGGGACAGCAUGGCUUCAACUUCUUCCCCAGUGGGAUUGACUUCCCUGCCUGGGGGAACAGCAGCUCUCAGGGACAGUCCACACAGAGCUCAGGUUACAGCAGCAGUUACGCCUAUGCCCCUAGCACACUAGGAGGCGCAAUGAUCGACGGACAGUCUCCCUUUGCAGCGAAUGAGCCGCUUAACAAGGCUGUGGGAAUGAAUAGCUUGGAUCAGGGCAUGGCGGGGCUUAAAAUUGGGGCUGGGGACAUGGCACCCAAAGUUGUUGGUUCUGGACUUCCUGGAGGGCCACUGAGUCAGGUGUCUGCAGCUCCCACCAUGCCACCCGCCUCCAUGGCUCCUGCAAAAGCUGCAUCUUGGGCGGACAUUGCCAGCAAGCCUGCCAAACCACAGCCUAAGCUGAAAACCAAGGGGGGACUUUGCGGGACAAAUCUGCCACCACCUCCAAUCAAACAUAACAUGGAUAUUGGGACUUGGGACAACAAGGGGACUAUGCCUAAACCAGCAGCCCCACAACAGACUUCCCUGCCCACUAAUGGACAGCCGCCCAAUCAAUCGUCUCCUCAACCGGGUGCUACUGCUGGCGGGGUGCCGCAGCUGCCCCUCAGCAAUGGACAGCUAGGGCCUCCUACUGGUCAACUCGGUCAGCACCCUCUUCCUCCAGGUGGCCAGCCUGGUGCUGUCCCACCUCCACUAUCCCAGGGCCCUCCCGCUCCCCAACCCUCCCAGCCGACCCGCUGGGUGCCUCCACGUAACCGUGCUAAUGGCUUUGGGGACGCAGCGGGUGGACCUGGCCAAUCCCCUCCAAAUUCAGGAAUGGGUGGCGUUGCUGUGCCAGCAGAGCCCCACCCAGUUCUGGAGAAACUGCGCAUGGUGAACAACUACAAUCCCAAGGACUUUGACUGGAACCCUAAGCACGGUCGUGUCUUCAUCAUCAAGAGCUACUCUGAGGACGACAUCCAUCGCUCCAUUAAGUACAAUAUCUGGUGCAGCACAGAACACGGCAAUAAGCGCCUGGACGCUGCGUACCGUUCGCUGGCCAACAAAGGGCCUCUCUACCUGCUCUUCAGCGUGAACGGCAGCGGGCACUUCUGUGGCGUGGCUGAGAUGCGAUCGCCCGUGGACUACAACACUUGUGCAGGUGUGUGGUCGCAGGACAAGUGGAAGGGCCGUUUCGAUGUGCGUUGGAUCUUUGUGAAGGACGUUCCCAACAGUCAACUGAGGCACAUUCGUCUGGAAAACAAUGAGAAUAAGCCGGUGACCAACUCCCGUGACACACAGGAGGUUCCACUGGACAAGGCGCGUCAAGUGUUGAAGAUCAUCGCAAGUUACAAGCACACCACCUCCAUUUUUGACGACUUCUCACACUACGAGAAACGUCAGGAAGAGGAGGAAAGUGUGAAAAAGGUGGAGGUUCAGGGGAGUGACCCGUACUCCAGUAACUCCAGUCGGAGCCACUACAGAAUGCAGGAUCGUCAAGGACGUGUGAAGUAACAGACACCGCUUUGGGCAAAAGACUGACAGGCCCUAUUUUCUCUCCCCAAUCUUACCAGAUAUUUUCAGAAAUUAUUUUGGGGAAGAUUUAACCAAGGAUUCAAAAAGAGGAAAAAAAGAAACUCAAUGAAGACUCUGAUUUCUGUUGACCUAAAAGACUUACUUUGAACUUGUAGUAAAAGAAAAUGACACGAUUAUUCAUAGGACUACAACUUAAUUCUAUAGGAUUCUAAUAGUGAACCCAGUACUUCCCACUUUUUUUUUUGUCCCAUUUUUGUUCUGCUGCCUCUUUUCUCCCAAAAAAUUUUUUCAUUGUUUUUACAGUCCAAGCACAUGGCUUUGCUUCUCUUACAAUCUUGAGGGUUUUCUUUUUCUUUUUUAAACAAACGGAGUUCUAGUGUUCUAUUAUGUCAUUUCUCUGUUAACUCCUUCUCGUUAUCGGAGCUGAAACCAUCCAGUCAGGACGUGCAAUGAUCGUCGCCUUCUCAGUGGAUGUUCCAUUGUUGGUUAAUUGGCCACUAGUCCAGUACAAGUCUCAUUACCUUCUGAGAAAAAAAAAAAAAAAGUUUACUAAGAUUAUAAAAUGGAAAAGUGUAAUUAAAAAAGAAAAUCUAAUGAAUGUUCAGGAAUGUCCUGUUUUUUGUUUGUUUUUUUUGUAAUAGAGGGUGUUUGGUUGGCAGGGGACGGUAAAUGGACUAGCCAAUUUGUUGAGUUAAGGCUUUUGCUCAUUGGAUCAGUUUUAUAGUGUACAAAAGGGGGCCGUGUUUGAGAGUUGUCAGCUUAUUUUCCAUUUACUCCUUUUCUUCUGCAAGUUAAAGAAAAAUUUGUUGCUAUGGGCUGCUCUCCUCCCGUCUUUUUUUUUUUUGUUCUCGUCUUUCUCUUCAGUUUCUUAAGUCUGCAUUGAGGUGGGCCUUGCACCCUCUCUUUCUCAUAAUCAGUUCAUUAAAAAUAAAUGUGGUAUACUCGGCAGAACUUGUGUGUUGCAUUUUCCCCUUGUUUGACUAAGUACAUCAUCAUGCACUAACCUAUGUCCCAAACAGCCUGGUCCGCCCUCCACCCAGCACCCACACUCCUCUCCUACACUUGCUGCCUGCGCACUUCACCCCUUCUACUUUGUUCAUGUCAGUGCAUUAAACAACUGCGGAACUGCUGGCAUUUAGCAGUGUCAGAAUAAAGAUGCUGCACAAAACUUCAAGUCUGUUUGCUUUCUGAAGAAUUGAAUUGAUAGUAUGAUCAGAAUUUGGUGUAAUGCUACCUUGUGAUGGCACACUGUAUCCAUGGCCAUCUGCCUAAUUGUCAUUUGUCAAACACAUUGUGUUUCUUUUCAGGAAGCAAUGGCGGACCUUGAGUGUUUGCCACCUUAAUGAAUCAAUAGUUGGGUUAAGUAUUGUGAACAUACUUUUUAACUUCAUUUAAAUGAAUUCACCAAUAACCUCUUAACUUGGUGGUUAAGUCAGGUCGCAAAGAAGAAAAUGCUUGAUUUGCAAUUAAAAAGCUUUGGAGAUGAGAUUUCUCACAAGAGCAGAAA